GCUGUUUUUUUUAUUUUAACUGUCUUGUUAAUUUAAUCUUGUAGUUUUUGCUUAGCUAUUCUUAGCUUUUAGCCACUGUUUUGCUGCAUUAGUUUUUUGUUCAGCUAGUAUUUUCUUUAGUUUUUGUGGUGGUAAUUUUAGUUUUGUCAGUCUUGUAUAAAGCACCUCAAAGUAAAACUUGAGAAAAGGUACAAAAUUACUUUGGUAAAAGUUAAAGUCUUGUAAGACUCUAAGAGUAACUCUAAGAGAAGUACUUGAGUAAAAGUAAAAGUUUCUUAAAAGUAAAAGUCUCUAGAUCAUCUGGUCAUCUGCUUCUGAAGGUCUCUAAGUCUCGUCUCAAACUGAGAGGUGACACAUCCUUUUCUGUAGCAGGUCCAAACCUGUGGACUGAUCUACCACUACAUGUCAGACAGUCUCCUUCACUCGCUGUCUUCAAGUGUCAUUUAAAAACACACUACUACUGCUUUGCCUUUGAGUCUGAGUGAGAGAUGGUGCAAACCCUCACUGUGUAUCAUAACUCUGUUAUAUGUGCGCUGUAACGCUCUGUAUUUGAAAUCUUCUGUAAUUUCAACUGUCCUGUUGUGUCUGUCUAUUUUACAGCACUCUGAUUGGCCUUGUGCUGUUUAAAGUGCUUUAUAAAUAAAAGUGGUAUGGUUUUAUUUUGAAGGUCACGGGGACGUUGUGUUUCCGGUUUGUUCACGUUAGCUUGACGCUAACUGGAGCUGGGGCGUGUGUGGACCGAGCCCCGGUGCGGAGCUGACAGCUUGCCCCGCAGUGAAGCCCUGAGGAGCGGCUGAUCCCGCUUUAAGGCGUGUUUUCAUGUCAAACCAUGACAUCUGUGUGGAAACGGCUUCAACGAGCCGGAAAGAGAGCCUCCAAGUUCCAGUUCGUCGCCUCGUUUGAGGAGCUGGUCGUAGAAAGCACGAAGAAAUGGCAACCAGACAAACUGAGGGUGAUGUGGAUCAGAAGAAACAGACGCCACACCACCAAGCUUCACAGUUGGCAGCCAGGCAUUAAGAACCCCUACAGAGGCCUGGUUGUUUGGCAGGUUCCAGAGAGUUUAAACAUUACUGUCACGCUCUUCAAGGACCCCACUGCAGACCAGUUUGAAGACAAGGACUGGACUUUUGUCAUAGAAAAUGAAACAAAAGGCCGAAGGAAAGUUUUAGCAUCAGCUGAUGUUAAUAUGAAGAAUUAUGCUAGUUCCACACCAGCCCAGUAUGACAUCACACUGAAGUUCAAACCCCUGUCUGUGAAAGUGGUGGAAGCCACACUCAAACUGAAUCUGUCCUGUAUCUUUCUCAAGGAGGGCAAAGCUACGGACGAGGACAUGCAGAGUUUGGCCAGUUUGAUGAGUAUGAAACAGAGCGACAUCGGCAAUCUGGAUGACUUUGACAGUGACGAAGAAGACGGUGAAGAGAGACGGUUCAGCUUUGGAACAGGACAGACGACUCAUGUUACUGUAAACUCAGAAAUAGACAGGAGAAAGUCCUCUGGCAUUUCCUCAUCCACCCUGUCUGAAUCCUCAACACCACCCUUCCCACUGCAAACCAACACAGAACCGCCAGGCACCGCCCAUCGGGAAGGGUCUCCCCCUCGUGCCUACUCAGUGUCAGCUUUUGCCCGAGCCCACCCUCCACCACUUCCCAAAAUCUUUCAGUUUUGUGUCAGAUCAG